UGCCUCUCAACAUUUGAAUCGUCCUCAAGGUCAUCGAGUGUCCUGCGCUUCUCAAAGGACUAUACGGUUGUGGACCACACCUUCGAUGCCGUUGUCGUUGGAGCCGGUGGUGCUGGCUUACGAGCAGCAUUUGGGUUAGCCAAUGAAGGCUUCAAAACUGCCUGCAUUACCAAAUUAUUUCCUACCCGCUCCCAUACAGUUGCAGCUCAGGGUGGAAUUAAUGCUGCUUUGGGAAAUAUGGAGAAGGAUGACUGGCGGUCCGACUGGCUUGGCGACCAAGAUGCCAUUCAUUACAUGUGCGAAGAGGCACCAAAAGCUGUUAUUGAGCUUGAAAAUUAUGGUAUGCCCUUCAGUCGGUUGGAAAAUGGGAAGAUAUAUCAGCGGGCUUUUGGCGGACAGAGUAUCGAUUAUGGGCGCNGGCGCGGAGGCCAGGCUCACCGGUGCUGCGCCGUCGCCGACCGAACCGGCCACUCUCUUCUUCACACUUUGUAUGGAAGGUCACUUAGAUAUGACACAACCUACUUUAUUGAGUACUUUGCUUUGGACUUGUUGAUGGAGAAUGGUGUGUGCCGUGGCGUUAUUGCAGUUUGUCUCGAGGAUGGAACUAUUCACAGAUUUCGUGCUAAGAAUACUGUCCUAGCCACAGGGGGUUAUGGCAGGACCUACUUCUCGUGUACAUCUGCCCACACCUGCACUGGUGAUGGUACUGCCAUGAUCACGCGUGCUGGUCUACCAAAUGAAGACAUGGAGUUUGUACAAUUUCAUCCAACUGGAAUUUAUGGUGCUGGGUGUCUAAUCACUGAGGGUUGUCGUGGUGAAGGUGGUUAUUUGGUCAAUAGUCAAGGCGAGCGAUUUAUGGAACGAUAUGCGCCCAAUGCGAAGGACUUGGCAUCCCGCGAUGUGGUCUCACGGUCGAUGACCAUUGAGAUUCGUGAAGGACGGGGAGUCGGUCCUAGAAAAGAUCACAUUUAUCUGCAAUUGUCCCACCUCCCUGCAGAACAACUUUUCUCUCGUCUACCCGGAAUAUCCGAAACUGCAAAAAUUUUCGCAGGCGUGGAUGUUACUCGAGAACCCAUUCCAGUCUUGCCAACAGUGCAUUAUAACAUGGGUGGUAUCCCAACCAAUUAUAAGGGACAAGUGAGUUUUCGCUUUCGAAAAGAUAAACUGAUCCCCGGUUUGUAUGCUGCUGGAGAAGCGGCUUGCGCUUCCGUACACGGAGCUAAUCGACUUGGAGCGAAUUCCUUGUUGGACUUGGUCGUCUUUGGCCGUGCUUGUGCACUAGACAUUGCAGAAAAGCACAAGCCCGGAGAUCCAGGGCCCGAAUUAAAGGCAGACUCUGGGGAGGCUUCAAUAGCAAACCUGGAUAAAUUGCGCCAUGCCAAUGGUUCCUACCCGGUACGUCUGGAAAUGCAGAGGACGAUGCAAGACUAUGCUGCUGUUUUCCGUGACGGACCAACUCUUCAAGAAGGUUGCAAACGAAUGUACGACCUUUAUUCAAGCAAAAUGUUCGAUUUGAAGGUGACAGACCGAAGCCUAAUCUGGAACUCUGAUCUGAUCGAAGCGUUGGAGUUGCAGAAUUUGAUGCUGAAUGCUCUUCAGGUGAGAAUACUUGAGAUUUUUUCAUUUAUUUUACGAUUUAGAUUGGACGAGAUUGACUAUUCGAAGCCACCAGAGGGUCAGACUCGUAAACCCUUCAAUGAACAUUGGCGCAAACACACAUUGAGCUACCAAGAUAUAAAAACAGGAAAAGUUAAUCUGGAAUACCGACCUGUGAUCGACAACACUCUGGAUGCCAAGAAAUGUCCCACUGUUCCACCGAAAGUGCGGUCCUACUAG